GUCGUGCAAUUCUCAUCUGUUCAUCGCGGCAUCCUGAGGCAUGUCAGCUCCGUGCGUGUGCAGCCUCCACGGCAGCGCCUUGAUCAUCUUCUGCGACCGCUGCCGGGAGCUGCUCUGCGAGGACUGCCUGACCAGCGACGAGCACAGGAACCACGGCUUUGUCCGCUUACGGGACGCCUGUAAGGAGCAGAUCGACGAGGUCACAAAACAAGCCCAAAAGCUGUCGAUCAAGUAUACAAAAACGAGCGACGUUAUCGCACGUGUAUCGAAAACGAAGAAAUAUCAUGAGGAGAAAUUUGACAAGGCCACAAUGACUGUGAACAAUUUGUACGAGGAACUAAUAAAACUAAUAAAGAAGAACCAGGAGCAGGCACUGCUUCUGAUCCGAGGGUUGAAAGAGAGCAGGGGAAUGGGGCUGGACAGGUUGGCCUGGGAAGUCGAUAAGACCAACCAGAGGGCUGUUAACAUCGGCAAAGCUGUGGCUCGGCUUCGACAGAACCUGGAAGGCAACAACGUGUCCACAUUAUUGGAAAUCAAAGGACUACAAAGUAGUAUUGAAGCCGUAGAUGACUUCUACAAGAUGCUUGAGGAGACAACGGAUGCGGACACCACAAGGCUGAGAGCACUAGUGAACUCUGUCGAGAAAAUUCUCCAGAAGAACCAGAAGCUGCUGCCCCGGCCAUGGGAAUUUGCAGAGAACCUGACUUUUGAUGAGAAGACAGCCGACAGCAAUUUAUCUACAUCAGGUGACAAAACCCAGGUUCGCUAUUCCAACAGGCUUCCAAGCAAGGGAGCAAAAAGCUUCGCUAACAUCCUGGCAGCUCAGUGCUUCACAAGUGGCCGUCACUACUGGGAGGUGGAGGUGAAGGGUGCUGAGAGCUGGACUGUAGGAGUCGUGGAACAAGGCUGGCAGCAGAAGGGCAAUAGACGCGCACUUGGUGAAGACUGCCAGUCGUGGGGACUGCAGCUAGAUAGUGGCAGACUGCUGGCCUUACAUGACGAUGAAGCCACAAGCCUUAAAGGGUCUGAAUUUGAGCGUCUAGGCAUUUUCCUUGACAGCGACAAGGGACAACUGCAGUUUUACGACGUGGUUAUCGGACAGGCUUUGCACAUUUUCUACAAUAAAUUCAAGAAUUCCGUCCACCCUGCUUUCAGCGUUGGCCAUGAAGGCGGUAUCACUUCGCAACUCAUCCUCUGUCACCUUGUGCCUCAGCACCAGCACCUGCAGGCAAACCUGAACAAUGAUUCUGAAACCUGAAGUGAUUGUUGAAAGACCCACUUGGACAAAACUUUUUGACCUGGGACAUCAGCGCACUCCAACUUGGAGGCCAUCAGCAUUAUACUAGCAAUUAUAUCAUUAUACAAAUGAUGUGUAUGACAUGUGGUAUUAACAAAUUACAUAGUAUUCUCAUGUCUUAAUUUGAUUUCCUUCAUGUUCACCAAUUUCGCAUCUGGUGAGUUUUAUUUUUCAUAAUUUUAAUUCCUAAUGAGAUGAAAUUAUAAUUAAACUUUAAUUUUUUCAAUUGUGGUAGAGGUGUAUUCCUAUUAUCUUUAGAAUGUGAACAAUGCACAAUUUCUUCUCAUUAAUUAAUGCCAGUGAACACUAUGAAAUCAAUGAAGCUAAGACAUUUAAAAUGAUUGUACUGAAAACUGAAUGAUUUAUAAGUUAUUAUGGUAUUGCAAAGGUAUAAUGUGUGGUGAAUAAAGGCUUUUGUCUUUCCAUUA